GUGCUCCUCGAGCAGCACAGCCCUUGGGAAGGCUGUGGACAGUUCAGAAGUAACUCAAGAAGAAAUUGUGAUCCCCCGAAGGAAAACAUGGGAUAAGCUGGCAGUGCUCCAGACCUUGGCUUCCACCGUCAACAGGGACCCUACUGCUGCUCAUUAUAUGUUCCAGGAUGACCCUUUCCUCAUGCCAAGAAAUGCAGCCAAUUCUCGUCUGUAUUCGUUGUCAAAGGAGUCCGGGAAAAAUGCUGCAAAAUACAUCAUUAAGAACUUCCCUCAGUAUUUUGACAAGACUUUAGCAGACCCCAACGUACCAUGUUUGAUGCCUGAGGUUCUUACACCUCAGAUUGAAGGAAUGAGUGAGGAAGCUCUGAAGGAGCGUAUCCACCUCAGAAGGGUGAAAGAGUCUGUGGACAUGUUUGAUCAGCUUGUACAAGCAGGUACCCCUGUAUCUCUGGAGACCACAAACAGGCUUUUAGAUUUGUUAUCCUUCUAUGGAGAUGAAGAAUCUACUUCUGAAAAGGAGGAAGAAGCAAAAGAGGACUUGGAAGAGGCAGGGGUGGACGCUUCAGAGCAGAAGGCUCCGAAGAGACAAUUCCAAAGAGGUUCACAGUCAUCUGGCCCUAGAUGGAGGGAGAACAACCAUGCUGAGAGGAUAUUUAAGAUAAUGCCAGAGAGGAAUGCACACUCCUAUUGCACAAUGAUCCGUGGGAUGGUGAAGCAUGGGGCUGCUUCUAAAGCUUAUGACAUGUACGUGGACUUGCUGAAUGAAAGGCACAAGGCUGACGUGCACACCUUCAACGCGCUGAUCAGGGCAGUCCCAUAUCUAAAGGAGAGGUUCGUGGAAAGAUGGGAAUUGGCCAAGGAAUUCCUGACUCACAUGGCCCAACAGGAAGUGCAACCGAAUCUGCUGACUUUUAAUGCUUUACUGAAGACUCUGAGAAGAUGUGGUGGUGUGGGCAGAAGUAUGUGUUUGAUGGUGCUGAAGGAAAUGGAAGCACUUGAUAUAGAGCCCAGCCUUGCCACGUACGAUCAUCUCCUCUCCAUAUUUUACAGAGGCGUUGAUCUUCCCCCGUCAGGCAUCAUCUCUGAGGUGCUGGAUGAGGUUGAAAAGAGAGGUUUCACUCCUCAGGACCCUGAUGAUGCCAACUUUUUUUCCACUGCCAUGCAAGUGUGCUGUGAUCUUAAGGAUAUCAAGCUUGCCUAUCAGUUAAAUGAGACAAUGGGGAAGGGAGACAACUGGAAAUUCUUGGAUGUGGACCGGUUAAAUGGCUACUGGUCAAAAUUCUUUUCCUUGUUGUGCAUGAUGGAACAAAUUGAGGUGGUGUUGAAGUGGUACAAGGAAAUGUCACCUUCACUCUUCUAUCCAACUCCCAAAAAUAUAUUGGACCUCCUUCAAGCACUGGAUGCAGCCAACCAGCUGGAAGUGAUCCCUUCGGUCUGGGAAGAUGUGAAACAGUUGGGGUUUACCAGGAAACAAGAGCUUUUGGAAGAGUUCUUGUCUCUGAUGAGCAGGGACCAGCACCCAGAUGAGAUUCAGCUGGCGUUUGCCAAGUGUGCUGAAGACAUCAAGGCUGCCCACGAGCCUGUUGGGAGGGAACAGCUCCCCCUGGAAUGGACGGGCAGCGCUCUGGGCAGUGUCGUGGUGCUCUUCUCCAGGGCUGGCAGGACCCAGGAGGCUUGGAACAUGAUGGAGCAUUUCCAGCAAACCAAUAGGAUUCCCACGGACAACGUGAUGGACGAGUUCCUGAGCUGUGCCAAACGAACCAAUUGCCCGGAUGAGGCCAUUAAGCUGGUGAAGCUGGCGGCUUCCCUCGGCCUGCCUUCGUCACAAAGGCUUAAAAGCAGAACAGAGGAGGAAUUUGAACUCUCAGAAGGACAGAAGAAGACGUUGGAGAGCAUCAAGUGGGACGGUGACAGCAGUGACAGUGACCGUGAGUAGCUGUCCCUCCUGCCUUCCUCAGGAAAACUGGGAGCAACCACUGCUGGGACACCAGGAGGCUUCUGUGAGGAGUGGAAUUCCUGAAGGAAUGGCUUCUGGAAGGUGCUGCAGCACUGCUGAGCACUGGGAGUGUUCUGAUACGGGACCUGCUUGGAAAGACACGUUGUUCUUGUAGGAGCAAGCGAGGAACUGUCCUGUUAAAAUCUUCAUGGUCACCUGGGACACAGCGUGGGCUGCACCCAGAGUCUCCACAGCACACCUGUGUGGGCUGGCUCUUGCCUGUGUGAGCAGCACCACUGAGGUACCAGGGGCUGCAGGAACAGGGGUGCUGUGUGUCCCAGGGGCUGCUCAGCAGGUGCAAGACUUUCCCUGGGCCUCUUGUGACUUGACCCUGCACCAGAUUCAAUGCAUUUCCAUCUAACUUAAAUGAACUCCUUAAAUACAGAGUUUACUCUGUAUGUGAACGCUGCAAGCAAUGCAAUACUCAUCACCUGUGGUGUUAUCCCUCUUCAUUUCGAUGUCUGGGGACUGUAGAUGUUAAACUACACUUUGUACAGCUGGAGGCUCUGUCUAAUAAAUGGCUGACAUUAAAGCUGGC